AUGGCUCUCAUCAACAGCAACUUGGUUAUUCUCGUGUUAGCAAUUUCAGCUCUUGUGGUCACUACAACAUCAUUAGUAGUAGCUGCAAGGGAAGUGCCAACAUCGAUUCGUUACCCAGGUCAUAACUUAGCAGCUCGGAUCAAUGCGGAUGAUGAUGGUGCUGGCAUGGUUGAGUGCUGGAAUGCACUGUAUGAGUUACGAUCUUGCACUAACGAAAUUAUGCUUUUCUUCAUGGAUGGCGAGAUGUAUCUAGGCUUUGAAUGUUGUAGAGCUAUCCGUAUCAUAACUCGUGACUGUUGGCCUUCCAUGCCUACUUCUGUAGGUUUUACUGCUGAAGAAGGAGACAUUUUACGUGGUUAA